AAUCUGUAUUGUAUUAUUGACCAACUUUAUAAAACAUCCAAGGUACAACUUUAUAAAACAAGUACAACGUGAAGUUGUACUAUAAUGUUAAACGUAUAACUUCAAGUUGUAUAAUAAAUGCAAAAAACUAAGGAUAAACACUAAUUAUUAGCCAAAACCUUUCUAACAUUUUUAUUAUUAUCCAAACCUAUUGAAUUACUAAUAAUUAGCCAAAUCUUUUGUGAUGCAUCAAAAUAUUAAUCAUCUACGUUAUCGUUAAUAAUAUUGUAACUCUUUUCUUAGUUAAAAUACUAAAGUUUUGGAAUGUUGGCCUCCAUGUGGCUAGCUAAAAGUUAAAAUUUGGCUAAUUAAUAGUAUUUCAAUAAGCUUCACUACUAAAAAAUAAUGUGGAAAAGUUUUGACUAAUAAUUAGUGUUUAGUCAAAAAUUAAAACACUAAUAUUUUAAAGAAUUAUAAAAUAUUCUGGUAUGUUAGACAACGUUUGAAGGCUUCUUUGUUAUCUUUUCCAUAAUAGAAAGACUUGUGUGACCACUAAAUACUAAUCCUAUAAAAUUAGAUAGAUAGGAUAGAAGAUUUAAUAUAUUAUCACUGGCCCAACUGAAGUAAUGAGUUGUGUUCUGUUAAUCAUUUAUAUGAGCUAAUGUUUUAAGAUGCAUUGAGGACGAAGUUGAAAUGAUAUGUGGGCCGUGGGCCCGUAAUUGUAUUGGACUAUGACCGAGUUAGACGCACCAGUUAAAUAAUUGUUUAGUCCAGCUGGCACAACCGACUCAAGCUGACUGUUGUUAAAUAAUCGUUUAGUCCACACAACCGACUCAAGCCCCAUGCCAACUUUCUCUUUAAAUAUGAAGAGAGGAAGCAAAGAUUGAGACCGCGCGUUCUUUCUUCUCAAGUCUCAACGACAACGGCUCUCAGGGAUGUGGUAACUGUUGCGAGGGCUGGUUUGAUGGCGAUAGAGAAGUGGUUUCUCUCAGUAAGCGUGCUUCUGCCCAUGAGGUGGGUUUCACCAUGGCUGAAGUGGGUUAGGGUUUUUGGUACAGGCUCGGUUUAACAUCUUCUGGAGGCGCUAUCUUGUCCGAUGUAGUCUAUCUGGUAUUGUUGCUACCCCUUCUUUUCUACCCAUGAGGGAAUUGGGUGAAUUGUGUAUGCCUUUGUUUCAAUUACCGCUUUGAUAGAAAAUGAUCAUUAUCGCGAUGCUAUUGCUUAUUCUAUCAUGUUGGCCUUGUGUGUUAGACAGUUACCGUUUCCUUACUCAAUCCUGCCUGUCUGUACUAAUCAAAUCAUGGGACGUCGUUCAAUUUGCAAAUAAUUGUUGCCAUGAAUAGGGUGAAAGUGGUUCUGAGGAUGAUUUUGUCCAGAUACUUGCAUAAGUUGCAUUACAUAAUGACCAUUGCGUGUUGGCUAGACCAGUGUUUUCUGCUAACUUCCAUGACAUCCCUAUUUUUUGGCUAGACCUUCCAUAUUUUGGUUCUUGACGUGAGAUGUUCCUAAUUUGUCACUACUUUCCGGUUGCCCCCUAUUUUUGACCAUGAUUCAUCAAGGUGCUACUGCUUUCUACAAAUUGAAACCCCUAUUGAGUGUCACGUAAAGAAACUGAGAUAAUUGUUGCCUUGGUUAUUCAGUCUUGGUCGUUUUGGCUCAGAAUAUGCUUGUUGGAAGCAAGAUCCUGAUCACUAGCUUGUGACCGCUUCUGCCUCACUAUUGACAUGAUUAUUUACUCAUUCUAGUUUCCCUGUUGCUCCCCUUGAAAUCCAUUGUUAACUGAAAGUCCAUUGUGGUGUCCUAGAAGGGAAUUUAAGAAUGAGUACUAUGUCAUAGAUAUACCCUGAAAAACGUUGCCCCCUGUCUGUUCCGUGCCUAUAUGAAAGUUGGUCUCGGUUUGCCUUGCAAUAAGAUGAUUAGUUACUCAAAUCUCGUUGCCCUUCUGCUCCACCUGGAUUCAUCAGCUGUGAAAGCAUUUCAUAUUCAGAAAGUAAUUUAUGGAGUCCUAGGAGGGAACUUGAGAAUGAGUAUCAUCAUAUAUUGAUCCGCAAAGUACCUGAAAAAACGUCGCCCCUGUCGGUUCAGUUCCUAUAUGAAAGUUGGAUCCCAGUUUGCCUUGUAAUAAGAUGAUUAGUUACUCAAAUCUCGUUGCCCUUCUGCUCCAUCUGGAUUCAUCAGCUAUGAAAGCGUUUCAUAUUCAGAAAGUAAUUUAUGGAGUCCUAGGAGGGAACUUGAGAAUGAGUAUCAUCAUAUAUUGAUCCUCAAACUGCCUUGUCCAAUGUCGGUUCAAUUCUUAUAUGAAAGUUGGGUCUAGUUUGCCUUAUAUGAUUUAAAUAUUAGUUGCUUAUUCCAGCUGCCCUUAUGCUCCAUGUCAGUUGUGAUCAUGUCUCGUAAGAAAAAUGUACUUUGUGGAGUCCUAGAAUGGAACUUUAUAAUGAGUACUACAUCAUGGCGAAAAAUACCUUGCCUGUGUCGGUAAAUGCUAAUCUGAAAGGUGGCCAAGUUUGCGAUAGAUUAAGAUGUUUAGUUGCUCAUUCCAGCUGUCCUUUUGCUCCAGUUUAAUUGUGACCUUCCUCUCAACAGAAACUGCUCCUUGGAGUCCUAGAAGGAAACUUGAGAAUGAGUACUACAUCAUAGAUGGAAUAAGAAUAUACAUUGUCCGUGUCGGUUAAAUGUAAAGUUGCCUCUGAUUUUUCCAUAGAAUAAGAUGAUUAGUUGCUCAUUUAAGUUUCCCUUCUGUUCUUAACAGGAAUCAGAUACUUGUACAAUUUUUUUAAGAAUAUGUGAGAACUAUCUUGAUGAUUUCUUAUGCCCUUCAUAACUGUUCAUAUACUUGUAUGUGAUGUCUUAAUGAGUAUAUAUAUCUGUCGGCAAAUAUUAGGUGGGUUUGGCACUUGUGAAUGAUGGGGAGAUUGUGUUAGGUGUUAUGGGCUGCCCAAACUGUGACGAUUCUGAAUCCUUCCAAUCCAUUACAGGGGUCAGCAAUGCAUUAAGUAAAGUAGGGAAUGUAAUGGUUUCACAUAUUGGCUGUGGGACCUGAAGAAGGACGUUUCAAGAUGGCCUCCAUAGUGUAUCAGCUGAACCAUCUGAGCAUGAUUAGGGUAGAUACAACUGAUUUUGUUGCUGAUGGCAAUGGAAGGAGUUUGGUUCUCUUGAUGGCUUGCUAUGGCAGGUAACAGUUUCCUAAAUUAAAAUGAGAGAGAUACCACUGUUCUGUUAAAUGUAAAGUUGCCUCUGAUUUUUCCUUAUUAAUGAUUAGUUGCUCAUUCCAGUUGCCCUUCUGCUCCACUUCAAUUGCGACCGUCUUCCCUGAACAAAAACUUCUAAGUAAAUGUGAGAAUGAGUACUACAUCAUAGAUGGAACAAAAAUAUACAUUGUCCAGGUCGGUUAAAUGUAACGUCGCCUCUGAUUUCCCCCUUGAAUAAGAUUAGUUGCUCAUUCUAGAUGACCUUCUGCUCCACUUCAAUUGUGACCGUCUCUGUGAACAGAAAUUUCUCCAUGGAGUCCUAGAAGGGAACUUGAGAAUGAGUAACAUCAUAGAUGGAACCAGAAUAUACCUUUCAUGUAGGUUAAAUGUAAAGUUGCCUCUGAUUUUUCAUUGGAAUACAGUUAUUAGUUGCUCAUCCAAUUGCCCUUAUGCUUCACUUCAAUUGUGACCUGUCUUUUGCAUACAGAAAUGGCUCCAUGGAGUCCUAGAAGGGAACUUGAGAAAUGAGUAUAUUACAUCAUAGAUGGAACCAGAAUAUACUUUGUCAGUAUUGGUUAAAUGUUUAGUUGCCUCUAAUUAUUCUUUGGAAUAAAAUGAUUAGUUGCUCAUUCCAGUUGCCGUUCUGCUUCACUUCAGCUCUGAACGUCUUUUUGUAAACAUAAAGCUCUCUUUGUAAUCUUAGAAGGGAACUCUAGAUGAUCGACCCAGAAGGUAUUUCAUCCAUUCGGCUUAGUGUUUGCCUAUUAAUAAAAUGCCCGAUUACUCAUUCUUGUUGCAUUUUGUUACACUUAUGAUUUGUCCCUUGUUACGUGGCUUUCCGAAAACUGAAAAUUAUUCUUAAAUGGUGUGCAAAAAGGCAACUUGAGACCGAACAGAGAUGGACCCAAAAAGUAUCUGUCCAUGUUAGUUAAUGCUGAUCUGAAAGUUGGUUCUGGUUUUCCCCAGAUAAUUCAGGUGAUAAUAACUGCAGUAUCGGUCUCUUUAUAGAAAAUAUAUACAUUGAUAGAAGACAUAGUCCCAUUUCUUUUCACAUGGAUGUCCUGUAGGGGGGAAUGUGAGAAUGAGUACUACUUACUGUAUUGGUAUUUCAUACCAAAAUAAACCAACUCCGAAAAUUUUGUUCAGAUCGAUAUCGUUCUCAGUUGCCUUAGGUAAUGAUUACUGCUUCAUGAUUUAGUUCAAUUUGGUUUUGCUAAUCCUUCAUCCAUUCCCUAUGUCUUCAUUGUAUAAACUAAGGAGUGGAAUAGAAGUGAAAUGGAACCGGUUUUUCUGCAUUUGCUCAUUUCAAUUCGGUGUUGCUUAUAAGUUACAACUUAGUUCUAUAAGCAUGUCCAGUCGGUGAGGGGGGGACGAGUGAACAAGAAGAAUGAAGGAAGCAAGAUAAUGGUGCUAGAUAGUAUAGGAUCCAGGGUAUGCCUAGAUGGUCAAGUUGGUAUCCAGGUUUUAGUUUCAGGUAUGACUUUUCUACUCCUUAAUCUCUCAUUUACUCACACCCCUCACUCUGCAUUUUGUGUUCCAUAAUUAUAUUCGGUUGAUCCCUAAAAGAAUUUUUAUUUUGUUUAAGUCUACCUACCAUUGUUGGGGCGUUCCGUAAUUGUCGUGGGUCCCUCACUUUCAUUACAUCAAUGUGGAUUGCCUCGUGAAAUAGUAAUCGAGCUUUGUUCACUUAUCAAUGUUAUUUAAUCACCACUUCAGUAGAAAGUGGCAUCAAACCAUGGUAGCGGUGAUUCAUAAAUUGCAUUUGAAGCAUCCUUUGUGAUUCUGAACCCUUGUUCUUGGUAAAUCUUAGAGGUGUCCAUAACUGUGUUUGUUAGCAUAACUGAAAAUUCUUUCUAAUCGACGGUAGUGACGUACAACUAUACAAGUGUAGUGAUUGGUAGGUAGCUCAACCUCCUACUGAUUCUCACUCGUGUGUAAUCUAUAGAUUUCAGUUGUGUGGAAUCGGCGGUGACGGGUGGUGCUUUUCGGUCGCCCCCCUAUAUUUUACUGUGAUUCAUGAAGGUUCUACUGCUUUCUGCAAAUUGAAGCUCCCAUUGAGUGUCCCAUAAAGAAAAUGACAUUAUCGUUGCCUUGGUUAUUCAGUCUUUGUCGACUCACUGUAUACUUGUUGAAAACAAGAUCCUGAUCACUAACUUAUGACUACUUCUGCCUCACUAUCGACAUGAUCAUUUACUAAUUCUAGUUGCCCUGCUGCUCCCAUGAAAUCCAUUAUUAACUGAAAGUUCAUUGUGGAGUCCUAGAAGGGAAUUUAAUAAUGAGUACUAUAUCAUCUCUAUACCCUGGAAAAACAUUGUCCAUCUCUGUUUAGUGCCUACAUGAAAGUUGGGUCCCGGUUUCCCUUGCAAUAAGAUGGUUAGUUACUCAAUCUUGUUGCCCUGCUACUCCACCUAGACUUACCAGCUGUGAAAGCGUUUCAUAUUCAGAAAGUAAUCUGUGGAGUCCUAUGAGGGAACUUGAGAAUGAGUAUCAUCAUAGAUAGAAUUGAAAAAUGCCUUGUCCGUUGUCAGUUCAAUGCUUAUAAUAAGAUGAUUAGUUACUAAUCUAGUUGCCUCUCUGCUCCACCUUGUAUUCAUCAAUUGUGACUGUGUUUCGAAAACAGAAAGUACUUUAUGGAGUUCUAGAGGGGGAACUUGAGAAUGAGCAUCAUCAUAGAUUGAUCCGAAAUUUACCUUGUCUAAUGUCGGUCCAAUGCUUAUACAAAAGUUUGGUCUAGUUUUGCCUUAUAUGAUUAAAAUAUUGGUUACUCAUUUCAGCUACCCUUCUGCUCCAUCUUAGUUGUGAUCAUGUCUCGUUAGCAAAAGGUACUUUGUGGAGUCCUAUAAUGGGACUUUAUAGCGAGUACUCCAUCAUAGCGAAAAAUACAUUGUCUGUGUCGGUAACUACUUCCUCGUGCAGUUGAUGCUGAAAAUUCAGCUCCCUGGUGCUUUCCCUUCUAUCCUAUCUAAAUCUCAAUGUAGUUUGUCUAUUAAUAUAGAUGAGCAACUAAACUGACUUGGAGUUUAAUCAUAGUGUUUUCUGCAUACUUUGUUUCUUCAAGACAUUAUAAUAAGACACUUCGCAUUUUCCAAAGCUUGAUCUGGAUGAAAAAAGGUAUGGUGCUUCUCCUUACCCAUCAGCCUAAAUGGUCUAUUGUUUCAUAUUCUUUAUGUAUUCUUGGUUAUGUAUUCUUGUCUUGAUAUGCUGAUCUCCAAAAUUAAACAUGGGUUGGCUGGUUCCUUAAGCUAUCAAUUGUGUAUGUAUUUUUUCUUUGAGAAAGCAAAUGUUGGUCUGAUAGUCAAGUCCCAUUCCCCCUCUGUUCGAUCCUGUUACGUGGAAGCCCUAAAUCAUCUUAUGGUGAACUUUUCAAUAACUAAUAAUGAUCAAGUCAAUGCUUGAUAAUGAUUCUGUUUGAGAAUGAGAACUAAUGUUCUAAAGUGGAAUUUUGGAGCCGCGAGGCGCUCGUCUAGUGGUUCCAUUUACUCCACUGCUCCAUUUCAUAUUCUUAAAUUGUGAAGGGUCUUGUUGAAUGGUAAUGGAGUACUAAGGGAGAACUUUUGAAUAAUUAAAUGAUAGAGAAAAUACAAUAGAACACUCUUAGAAAUGGUAUCCUUCAGGGGCUCGUUUCGUGGCUAGUUGCUCCUCUGCUCCACUUCAUAUUCUUAAAUCUGCAAGGGUCUUAUUGAAUGGUCCCAGUGGAGUCCUAGGGGAGAACAUUGGAAUGAUUUUAUGAUUGAAAAAAAAAUACUCCAUAACACUCUUGUUUGGGACAAAAUGAAUACACUCAUGACAGUUGUACGCUAUUCCGUCUCACAAUUCGGCUGGUUGUUUGCUUAUUACAGUUGCUCUUUUGCUUCAAUGAAGGGUAUGUCUCAAAUGGAGACUAGAGGGGAAACUUAGAUUGAUAUUGAAAGAGAAAAGAAUACAUUGAGACACAGGUUGUUUGUGAAAGUUAAAUGAUUAGAAGUAGUGUCCCUUGUUCCAAUUGCCCUUCCGAUCCAUUUUAAAUUUACUAAUUAGGGGAGGAUUUUUAUAACCGAGGCCUUAAGAGGGUUCAAGAAAUGAACUUUGUUAUGAGCAAACAAUGUGAGAGUACCUUUGAUGGAUAAAUCGAGUUGUUUCUAUGAAAGUCUGUGACCCCGUCGUGCCUUGGUAUAAGAUAUAUCAUCUACUGCUCCAGUUGCUGUAUGAGUCGCGUAAGGUCAAUCCAUUAUGGUUGUAUUAUGUUACUGAAAGGCUCAAGUUGGAUUCAUAAGAGGGAGCAUGGUUAGUUCGCAUUGCCUUGCUUUCCAUUUGUGACUUUCUUUGAUACCUGCCAAUGGGAUCCUAGUUGGUCUCUGUAAUGUGUAUGCCACUGGAUCCUAGAAAAAACAGAACUAUUUCACCACAUUUCCCUUGGCUAUUUAAGUAUCAUGCCAUGAGGUGGUGGGAGGAGGGAUGCCCUUUUGGCCUGCAUAUUGUAAGGUACAAGUUAGCUUAAGCAGAAUUGUUAUUAUCCUUGUGCGUACGUCCCACCUUCCAGUUAUCCCGGUUCAGGUUAUUAUCAAUAGGUUAUUAGAAGGCAAUCAUGGAUUCCUGGAUUUCCCUCCAGGCUCGUCUUUCUAAACAUAUCAGUUUGCCACUGCUCCUAGGUUGCCUUCGAUGCUUGUUCUUGUUUGGAAAUGCAGCUUUUUACUUGAUGCCUCGCUUGACGGUUGACUUAGUAUGAUAAAGGUCUCCUCACAUGGGUGAUUGGUUAGGUGAAUAUUGAAUCAAGGUUUGUGGAUGGAUAACAGAAUGAGUGUCUUUGUCUCGCAAAAUGUUUUGGUGCCAAUUAUGGGGUAGAAUGUCAACUAUUUCCGCAUUCUUUGUUUAAGAUAACUUUUUCAGACUUUGUCUCGCAAAAUGCUUUGUCUUGCAGUCGAUGCUAAAAAUUCGGCUUUACGGUGCUUUCCCUUGGUUUGCUAUUUAUUGUUGUUGCCUACAAGUCAGAUUUUUGUUUUAUAUGAGAAUUUAUCUCUCCAUGCAGACAAGUUUUCAUUUUAAAAUAACUGUCUCUUGAACAACCAUGAGUUUAGCUAUGAUUCAGGUGGCCUAUUAUUGAAAAUAGCUAACUUUGAGGUCUUGUGGCACAAGCUUUUGCCCCCUUUUUAAUGAUCAUUCUGAUUAGGACCAUAAAGUAAGCCCUACCCAGUUGCUUAAGACAUGGUGAAGAGACCUGCAAUAUACUAUGACAGUGGUGGUGUGGGAACAGAAUGAUGAAUGUCAUUGUCUCAGUUCUGUUGUUUCACUUGUUAUGUCAUCAUUGUUGCUGAUUCUGCUACGGGAGUUACAAUGUCAUCAUUGGGUUGGUGAUUUUCAUCAGUUAUUUGGUACUGCAUUUUUACAAUGAUAGGUAUUCUCAGCUGGGAAGUAUGUCAAAUUCACGAGAAUCUGAACAAUAGAAUAAAAAUAAUUACAUCUGGGGUUUUAUUAUGUUUUGAAUAGUUCCUUCUUGAAUGAAUGCCAUUUUAGCAUGGAUCGAUUUGGCCUUUUUGGCUUCUAUCAUGUUGCAUGCACAGCGGGAUAAUGUUUGUAAUAUAAAUGGAGAGUUGUCUUGCUUUUAUGCAUUGUCAUAGCGUGCCAAACUUGUGCAAAAAUGUGAUGGAUCAUCGGGUAUCUUGGGACUGGUAUUUCUAUCUCUGCUUUGACAAUUCAGAACUAUUGUGAGUACUUCGACUUAACUGCUACGUACCCUUUAGUGUGUAAGGGAUGGGUUUAUCCUACUCUUAGCAGACAUGACAUAGGUGCUCUUACAUGAGCUCUAAAUAUGGUGCAGAACAGUGAUGGGAUAAUAAGCUUAAGGUUUUAUAUUAUUUAAAGAUGGUGCAGAACAGUCUCGUGUUGGUUUCUAUUACAAGAUUUUACAGAUGUGUUGACGAUUGAGAGCCUUUCUCUUAAGGAGACUUGGCGGUGAUCAAUCUCGAGUGGGAGCUUCUCUUGCUGUGUCAUCCCUUGCUUGGUAAACUACGGACAUUAAAAUUCCAGCUGCAUUGUUUUCCUACCUGUGGAAAGUGGAAACAACGCUUUUUCCUCAGUUUGUGUUUCGUUGGUUGCUUCAAGAACAUUCUGCGACGCGCAUGACUUAUAUUUCUUCGGGGUACCCUACCUAAGACAUAUUUUCUUGCUCUUUCUACUGGACUUUUCAGUUUCUCCUGGUUCCUUGAGUGCACUUCAAUGGGCUUUUAUGUGUAUGCUUAUAUCUAUAUGCCUAUAUGCUUUCUUUUGUAAAGAGGAGGAGUAACCAUGUCUUUCUUAUCCAUUCUCGUCAGGUGAAAACAUUGUCAUUAAUCUUAUAAGUAUGGUGAAUGAUGGAUCCUUACUCGCAAGUUCUUGAUAAUAAAAAUUCCGCUCGUUUCCCAUGGCCUAUAUCGUAAGAUUCUUCAAAUUGGUUUACUCACAGGUGUCGGGUUUAUAUUUUCCCAGGUCUAACAGUCUUUCCUCCCGGCUCACGAGGUAAAGCACCGUUGGGAGCUCGAAGCUGCCAUAGGGAUUGUGGAGCACGCCUGUCGCAUCUGUUUGAGAUAAAUUUCGAUUCCGGUUCUGCUUCUCUUUUAGCAUCUGAUUGGUUUGUGUAAUCCAAGGAGGAAUUUUUCUUUCUUUGAAAUUUCCUCGAUUGCAUUGAACAGGUGCAGAGUUCCAUGCGCUCUAGUGAAGCAGUGUCUGUCAAGAAGAGCGACUGUACUCCACUCACCAUCGCAGACUUCGGUGUUCAAGCUUUCGUCAUUUUCUGUAAGUCUACUAUUCUUGACAACGGAAGUGAAUUGGGUUGAACUUGUUCUCCAGACUUUUUGACGAUUCAGAAUUCUUGUGUAAUUUCGUUCAGAGUUCUUGUGUCUUUUGAUCUUAGGAUCCUAAAGUAUUAGAUACGGUUCUUCACAUUGUUCUUUAUUUGACAGAGCUACAUCAAGCUUUCCCUGAUAUUCCCUUAGUUGCUGAAGAGGACUCUGGGUUCUUGAGGGCAAAUAACCUGGUUGAUUCUGUGGUCGGUGUGGUUGCUAGUAAAUCAAGUUCAGAGAAGCCAUUAAAUAGAACGCAAGUCCUGAAGGCAAUUGACAGAGGGGGGAAGAAUGCCAUUGUUUAUGAGAAUAAGCCAGCCACUUACUGGGUAAAGUCUAUGAGCCAGUGACAGGAAGUAGCUGUUUUCUGUCAAAAUUGACAACUUUUCCUUGAUCGUGAAUUUGAUUCGUAGAACUGGUUGCAGAUCCUCGAUCCAAUUGAUGGUACCAAGGGUUUUCUCAAAGGAAGUGGUGCCUUAUAUCUGGUAUGUUCUUAACAGGAAUCAAUUACUUAUUUACUGUUUUAAGAUUGUGUGAGAACUAGCUUGAUGAUUGCCCAUGCCCUUCAUAACUAUUGUGCAUAUACUUGUAUGCUUAUGUUCCUCUGGCCUAGUGUUUUCUUAAUGAUAUAUAUAUAUAUCUGCCGAUAAAUAUUAGGUGGGUUUGGCACUUGUGGUUGAAGGGCAGAAUUUUUUAGGUGUUAUGGGCUGCCCAAACUGGGACGAUUUUGAAUCCGUUCAAUCCAUUACAGGGGCCAACAAUGCAUUAAGUAGGGCAGGGAUUGUAAUGAAUGCUCAUAUUGGUUGUGGGACCUGGAGAAGGAGGUUUCAAGAUGACCACCAGAGUGGAUCAGCUGAACCAUCCGACCAUGAUUGGAGUAGAUGUUUUGUUGACUGAAGUCUGUUAGCAUCACAAGCACGAUUUUGCAUUACAGAUAGUGCAACUUGGCAAUCAUUGCCUUUGUCGCCUUUUUUUAGUACAACAACUGAUGCUGCUGACGAUAGCAGUAGAAGGAGUGUGGUUCUCUUGAAGGCUUGCUGUGGCAGGUAAUGGUUUCCUGCUAUAAAAUGAGAAAGAUACCACUGUUCUGCUAUCUGCAGUCUUAACAAAUUCAACAUUGUUUUCCUCGGAUCUCCAGUUUAUCCAGGUAUAUUAUGGUGGCUUUAGGAAUUGCAUCAGUCUUCAUUCUGCUAGUGAAACCACUGAUAUCAACCAAGGUAGUAUUCUUUUCAUUCGAAAAAAAUGAAAACUGAAAGCCUACCAGUCCUUGGACUCCUUUCUCACAAUGUAGGUGUGGGAUCAUGCAGUUGGGUUGAUAUGCGUUCACGAAGCUGGGGGGGAAGGUAUUUGUAAUUGUCACCACCACUAUCUCUCGGUCAAACUACAUGCAUAGUCACCAAAGUUUAGGUCUUUAUUUUUUUCCCUCCUGUUUAAGGCGGCUAUCCAUUCUUGUGUUCUUUGAUUUGGUUUUUGUCCUUCUGCAGGUGACUCAUUGGGCAGGGGCUGACCUUAACCUUGAGAGGAUGGUGUGGAGCGAAGGAUCUUAUAUCCUUAAGUUGGAGUUCUUGCGACCAGUGACAAGAUCCACUACCAGAUCGUGGAGAUGGUUUCUAUAAGUUCAUCCACUGGAUGAGCCCUGGUCGUUUUGGUAAGUCUGUUGUCCAUAACACAAACUGUAAUUGUCUCAUUCAUAAUCACUGGUUUAGUUGAAUUUGGUUUUGUUAAUCCUUCAUCGACCCCUCUGUCUUCAUUGUGUAGACUGAGGACUGGAGUAGAAGUUAAAAGGAACUGUUUUUCUGCAUAUUCUCAUUUUGAUUCGAUGAUGCUUAUAAGUUACAACUUAGUUCUACAAACAUGUCGAGUUGAUGAGGGGGAAUGAGUGAAUAAGAAUAAUAAAGGAAGCAAGAUAAUGGUGCUAGAUAGCAUAGGAUCCAGGGUAUGCCUAGAUGGUCAAGCUGGUACCCAGGUUUAGGUUUCAGGUAUGACUCUUAUAUUCCAUAAUCUCUCCUUAACUCACACCCCUCAGUCUGCAUUUUAUGUUCGAUACUUUUAUUUGGAUUGAUCGUUAAAGAAUUUUAUUUUGUUUAAGUCUACCUACAAAUGUCGGUUCACCUAUCAAUUUUAUUUAAUCAUCAGUUUAGUAGAAAGUGGCAUCAAAGCUUGGUAGCGCUGGUUUAUAAAUUGCAUUAGAAGCAUCCUUUCUGAUUCUGAAUCCUUGUUCUUGGUAAGUCUUAGAGGUGGCCAUAGCUGUGUUUUUUAGCAUAACUGAAAUUCUUUCUAAUAAACGUAGUGACGUACAGCUGUACAAGCAAAGUGUCGUGAUUGGUAGGUAGCUCAACCUCCUACUGAUUCUACACUCCUGUGUAAUCUGUAGAUUUCGACUGUGUGGAAUCGCCGGCUAGGGGGGUGCUUUUCGGUCACCCCCCCCCCCCCCCCCCCCCCCCCCCCCCCCCCCUAUUUUUUACUGUAAUUCAUGAAGGUGCUACUGCUUUCAGCAAAUUAAAACCCCUAUUGAGUGUCCCGUAAAGAAAAUGAGAUAAUUGUUGCCUUGGUUACUCAGUCUUGGUCCUUUUGACUCAUCAUUUGCUUGUUGGAAGCAAGGUCCUGAUCACUAACUUAUGACCGCUUCCGCCUCACUAUUGACAUGAUCAUUUACUCAUUCUAGUUGUCCUGCUGCUCCCCUUGAAAUCCAUUAUUAACUGAAAGUUUAUUGUGGAGUCCUAGAAGGGAAUUUGAGAAUGAGUACUAUAUCAUAGAUAUACCCUGAAAAAACAUCGUCCGUGUCUGUUCAGUAAUUACUAAUUAGUACCUAUAUGAAAGUUGGGUCCCGGUUUGCCUUGCAAUAAGAUGGUUAGUUACUCAAUCUUGUUGCCCUGCUGCUCCAUCUGGAUUCAUCAGCUAUGAAAGUGUUUCAUAUUCAGAAAGUAAUCUAUGGAGUCCUAGGAGGGAACUUGAGAAUGAGUAUUGUCAUAGAUAGAACUGAAAAAUACCUUGUCCGUUGUCGGUUCAAUGCUUAUUAUAAGAUGAUUAGUUACAAAUCUGGUUGCCCUUCUGCUCCACCUUGUAUUCAUCAAUUGUGAGUGUUUCGAAAACAAAAAGUACUUGAUGGAGUAGAGCGGAACUUGAGAAUGAGUAUCAUUAUAGAUUGAUCCGAAAAGUAUCUUGUCCAAUGUCGGUUCAAUGCUUAUACAAAAGGUUGGUCUAGUUUUGCCUUAUAUGAUUAAAAUAUUGGUUACUCAUUCCAGCUGCCCUUCUGCUCCAUCUCAGUUGUGAUCAUGUCUUGUUAGCAAAAGGUACUUUGUGGAGUCAUAGAAUAUAACUUUAUAACGAGUACUCCAUCAUAGCGAAAAAUACCUUGUUUGUGUCGGUAAUUGCUUCCUCGUGCAGUUGAUGCUGAAAAUUCAGCUCCCUGGUGCUUUCCCUUGGUUUGCUAUUUCUUGUUGUUGCAUACAAGUUGGAUUUUCAUUUAGAUUACUGUCUUUAGAACAAGCAUGAACUUCAAUUAUGAUUCAGGUAGCCUAGUAUUGGAAAUAGCUUAGAAGUUUGAGAUUUCUUGUGGCAAAAGCUUUUGCCCUCUUUUUAGUAUUAGGAACAUAAAGUAAUCCCUACCUAGUUGGUUAAAACAUGGGGAAGGGACCUGCAAUACACUAUGACAGUAGUGGUGUGGGGAGGCUGAUGGUUUACUACUCUUCUACUACUAUCCUAUAGGAUAGCUGACUUGCCCACUGAAAUUAAUAUGUUAACGUGGAUCUCUGGCUACUCUGCAUGUUGGAUUGUCAUUGUAUUGGUCUUGGUUUUGUUGUUUGCAUUGGAAAUCUUGGAAGGGAGCCUGAUUCUGGUAUGAUUUUGUUCUGAAAACUAAUUAUAAGCUUGAUGUGAUGAUGUGACCUAAGGAGAGAGGAUGGUGAAGCAAACAAUGUAUUUUCUGUUGCCUCCUAUCACUCAUGUUCUUUCACUGUUGUUGCUGAUUCUGCAAUUGGAGGUACAAGGAAAUGGUAGGUUACUAGCUUGGCUGCUACACCUCUUCAGUUUUGGGUGGUGAUGUUUCAUGAGUUACUUGGUACAAUAUUUUUAUGAUGAUGGGUAUUUAUUUUCAGCUGGUAAGUUUGUCAAAUUCAUGACAAUCUCAACAAUUGAUGGGGGUUUGUUAUAAUCUGAAUGCAUUUCAGCUUAAGGAACAGCUGAAUAAUUCCAUCUUGAAUGAACGCCAUUUUAGGGCGGAAGAUUUGUCCUUUUUGGCUUCUAUUCUGUGAUGGUAUUGCUUUGUCACCGGUAUUAUUAUUUUUUGCUUCGACACUUCAGAAACUACUGUAAGCUAAUUCGGUUUGGUUGCCACGUACCCUUGUGGAUUGAACAUACAACAACCUAAUGUGUUAAGGAUGGAUCUGCCCUACUCUUACCACCCAGACAUGUAUGAGUUACGUACUCAUACAUGGGAUCUUCAGAUGGUUCAGAAAGGGCUACUGAGUUUUAAGUUUUCAUCUCAUCUGCUGCUCUAUUAAAUGUUACCCUUUUAUUAUUGCGUUACAUCUAUCAGCGAGUUUUGGGACCCAAGUAUUUCAAGAAUGCAGUCUGGUCCCAUCAAAUGCGGUAUAAAUUAUAUCAAAUCUCAUCUUCUAUCAAAAUAACAUGUCGUACUUAAAUCCAACAUAUCGUGAAAAUUCACUCACUUAUAUAACAUCAAUAUUCAAAUGUUCAAUUUAAAAUUUCAAGGAUUGAAUUAGGCGAAAAGAAAAAUCGAAAUAUAUGCGCAUUCCGCAAACCAAAGAAAAAAAUGACACAAUUUGAACUCCAACCCGGUACCUUGUAGCGGUCGACCCGGUGGGUGUGUGCAACCCGUUUUUCUCACCGAAUUAGGAUCAAAUUGGGUCGACCCACGAGUUGACAACUUUGAGAACAAACGAACGAUAAAGCCACACCGUCCAAUCCAAUCGGCCACACCAGCGGCCGGUGCCAGCUCAGCCGCCUCCACCGUCCGUACUCAAUCUUCAAACCAUUUCCCGCCAUGAAUCUCGUUAACCACACCUCCGUUUCUCUUCGCUUCUCCACUGGAUUACUCCAACGCCCGCGCUCUCUCCCUCCCAGCCGACGAGUCUUACUUGCAAGGUCGAGCAGUCUUUCUUUCCCGGCUCACGAGGUCAAGCACCCCCGGGAGCUCGAAGCUGCCAUAGGGAUUGUGGAGCGCGCUUGUCGCAUCUGCGUUGACGUAUAAUUUCAAUUCCGGUUCAGCCCUUCGCUUAUCAUCUGCUUGGUUUGGUAAUCCAAGGAGGAAUUUUCGAUUUUUCCCUGCUAUUCCCUUAGUUGCUGAAGAGGAUUCCGGGUUCUUGAGAGAAAAUAACCUCGUGGACUGGAUUCUGUCGUCGAUGUGGUUGCUGAUAAAUCAAAUUCAGACAAGCCAUUGACUCGAGCUCAAGUCCUGGAGGCAAUUGAAUUGACAGAGGGGGAAAGAAUGGUAUUGUUUACGAGAAUAGGCCAGCCACUUCUAUGCGCCAGUGACAGAAAGUAGCAGUUUGCUGGCAACUAUUUCGCAUGAUCGUAAAUUUGAUUCGUACAACUUGUUGCAGAUCCUCGAUCCAAUUGAUGGUACCAAUUAAGGGUUUUCUCAAAGGGAGUGGUGCCUUGUAUGUGGUAUGUUCUUAACAGGAAUCAGUUCCUUGUAAAACAUUUUAAGAUUGUAUGAGAACUAGCUUGAUGAGCUCAUGCCCUUCAUAACAGUGCAUAUACUGGUAUGCUUAUGUUCCUCUGGCCUUGUGAGUUGUUAAUGUCGACAAAUAUUAGGUGGGUUUGGCACUUGUGGUUCAAGGGGAGAUUGUGUCAGGUGUACGUUAUGGGCUGCCCAAACUGGGAUGAUUCUGAAUCCUUCCAAUCCAUUACAGGGGUAAGCAAUGCAUUAAGUAGGGCAGGGAUUGUAAUGACUGCUCAUAUUGGUUGUGGGACCUGGAAGAAUCAUUGUGAACCCAGCUAGCUCCAAAGGUUGCAAUUUUUGGUUACUUCCUUGAUCACCUUGCUUGCUUAGACUCCUCUUAAGAUUCAAAUUAUGAUAAGGUGGAACGAAAAAAGAAGUUAGAGAGGAGAUGGUGGGGAACCGGCAACUGGUCACGAUCGACGGCGGGACCCAGCGGCGGCGGCCAAACGACAGGCGUCCAAAAGGAAUUUUGCCGGAGAGGGAAGGGGAAAAGGAAACGUCAAAGGCAGGCACAUUGCAUGGGGCUUGUCUGUUUACUCUCGAAUCACUGUCAGCCACGUGGAAAGAGGCGAGACUUACGAUUAGUCACUUUCGCCGGCUGCCGGUGAGUGACAGCCCGCCAGCCAAUAUGAUAGUAGUUUAAAAAAAAAAAAAAAAAAAAAAAAAAGAGGAAUCUGGUACGGCAGCUCUGCUCUGCUCUGUUCCACCGUCACGUACCCGUCUUCCUGUUUCCUCGUGAUGGAUUGGAUAUGUGAAUGAGAGAGAUGAGGAGCUUCGUCGGCAACUGAAUCCGUGCCGCAAUGGUACAGUACAUUUUGGGUUGGGGGAUUUUUAUUUACCGUUGACGGUUGUACUUAGGGCGUCGUAAAAAUAGCAGUUCAUAUUUCAUAACCGGAAAGAUCAUCGUCGAACGUGUUUCUUGUUGAAACUAUAGACACAAAUCUUGUUCAAUCUUAUCUAUGCCACCAAUGCAUCGUUCAACUGAUGAUUAAGAAAUUACGUUAAGAUUU